AUGGAAAGUGGCCAGCAAAACUUCUUCAUCCUCAUAAUGGUUGUGCAGUUCAUAAUUGGAAAUUUGAGUAAUGGAUUUAUAGUACUGUUAAAUUUUAUUGACUGGGUCAAUAAAAGAAAGCUCUCCUCAGUUGAUCAAAUUCUCGUCAUGUUGGCCAUUUCUAGAAUUGGACUCAUCUGGGAAAUAUUAGUAAGUUGGUUUCAACUUAUGGAUUCUUUACUUUCAGUAGUAGAUGUAAAACUAAUAAUUACUAUUUUUAUCUGGAUAUUGUCCCAUCAUUUCACUGUCUGGCUUGCUACAGUCCUCAGUAUCUUUUAUUUGCUCAAAAUAGCCAGUUUCUCCAGGCCUAUUUUUCUCUUUCUGAAGUGGAGAGUAAAAAAAGUGACUCUGAUGAUACUGCUAGGAAGCUUGGUCUUCUUGUUUUUAAAUCUGAUACAGAUAAAAGCACAUAUUGAAGACUGGAACAAUUGGUAUGAAGGAAUCACAACUUGGAAUUCCACAGUGAGUGAUUCUGCAACAUUAUCACAGCUGAUCAUAUUCAACAUAACUAUGUUCUCCCUCACACCAUUUAUUCUGGCCUUGAUCUCUUUUCUGCUGCUUAUCUUCUCCUUGUGGAAACAUCUCCAGAAGAUGCAGCUCAAUUCCAAAGGACACAGAGAUCCUAGAACCAAAGCUCACACAAAUGCCUUGAAAACAAUGAUCUCUUUCCUCCUAUUCUACACUAGUUACUUUCUGUCCCUUUUCAUGUCAUGGAUUUCUCAGAUAUAUAAGAUUGAACUGGUCCAUAUACUUGCCCUGAAUAUUGGACUCCUCUAUCCUUCAAGCCACUCACUUAUCCUGAUUCUGGGAAACUCCAAGUUAAGGCAGGCCUCUCUUUUGGUGCUGAGGCAGCUGAAGUGUGGGACAAAGGAUGAGAAGCUCACAAUUCCAUAA